AUGGAUUUGUAUCACCGGUCAUUUUCUGGUUCCACGGAUGGAUGUGAGCCAGAACAGGAGUCUCUUUCUGCCUAUUCAGAUCCUAAUUCGGUUACAGGAUUCCAACUUGAAGAUGUGAACCGACAAUAUGAAUACGCGAAUGUUCUCCCCAUUUCAGAUGGUCCAGCCCCUGCAAUUCACUCCACGAAUUUGUCUGUGAGCUGUAGUGGAGAUCCUACAGAAAAAUAUGAUUUCUGUGACUCUGUUCUCAAGUACAUAGACCAGGUCUUAAUGGAAGAUGACAUGGAAGACAAGGCCUCCUUGAUUGAGGACUCCACUCUUCAUGCUGCUGAGAAAUACUUCUAUGAUAUACUUCAUGAAAGAUAUCCUUCCUUGCCCAAUCUGGUGAUGCCUCGUGAGGAAACAACUAGCGCCCAAUGUAGCAGCAGUUACGGUGGCAGCUCUUCCGAUGCUGACAACUUGGUUAAAUUUGGUGCAAGUAUAUCUCCUCUUAUGCACAAUCCUUCUGUCUACCAUUCAUUACUGACUAGAGAGAACCCGAGGAACAUUAUACCUAGUGAAAAUGGCGUAACUUUUAAUUUUGAGAACAACAGAUUAGCAUCAGCUAUAGCAAAGGAAAAGGUUUGGCAAAUGACACCCAAGCUGGAAAAGGAUGAAGGGGACUGGCAGGGUAGUUUAUUGAGGGGAAGAAAAAGUCUUCACCGAGAGGAGAGUGCCUUAGACGAAGGGAGAAGUAAGAAGCAGUCGGCAGUAGAUGUUGAGGAGUCUGUUUUACAUGAGAUGUUUGAUAAGGUAUUGUCCUUUGGCGAGUCUGCAUUACACACUUCUGAUGAUGACCUGCCAACCGAGGCAGGUAGAAAGGGGCAACAAUAUGAGCAAGCAAAAAUAUAUGAUGAAGAAAGAAAUUACCAUAAGAAAGGAAUUGUGAAAAAGGAAGCACUUCAUAUGAGGCGACUCCUGAUACAGUGCAUGCAAUCUGUGGCAGACAAUGAUCUGAUGACAGCAAUUAAACUACUGAAGCAUAUAAGGUUGCUUGCAUCUCCACUAGGUGAUGCAUCCCAGAGGUUGGCUCAUUACUUUGCUAGUGCUCUCGAGGCACGCUUGGCCAGUUCUAGGACCCCAGAAUAUAAACGCUUUUCUGUCCAGAGCUUAGUGGAAACUGAUGUUUGGAAAGCUCAUAAAUUGUACUUUUCAGCUUUGCCUUUCAUGGGGAUUUCUUAUUUCGUUGCAACCCAAAUGAUCAUGGAACUGUCUGAGAAAGCUACUUGUCUUCACAUUAUUCAUUUUGGUAUUAUUCUUGGCCUCCAAUGGCCCCCACUUAUUCGGCGUUUAUCUGAAAGACCUGGUGGACCUCCCAAGCUUCGCAUAACGGCAGUAGACCUUCCCCAAAUUGGUUUCAGACCAGAUGCAAGGGUUAAGGAAACAGGACGGCGUUUAGCAACUUAUUGUGAGAAGUUAAAGGUUCCAUUUGAGUACAAUGGCUUCGGACAAAAAUGGGAAACUGUUAGUGUUGAGGAUCUCAGGAUUCAGAACGAGGAGGUGCUUAUUGUUAAUAGUUUGUACCAAUUUGAAUACUUACUUGAUGACACAGUCAUGGAGCGUAGUCCAAGGGAUGCUGUUUUAAACUUAAUCAGGAGGAUUAAUCCAGAUAUUUUCAUACAUGGAGUAGUUAAUGGCACCUAUAAUUCCCCAUUUUUUGUAUCACGGUUCCGCGAGUCUCUCUUUGAUUUCUCUUCAAAGUUUGAUAUGUUGGAUGCUAAUUUGCCGCGUCAUAAUCAGGAUAGAAUCAUACUUGAGAGGGAAAUAUAUGGGCAGGCCAUUUUGAAUAUCAUAGCAUGUGAAGGGUUAGAUAGAGUUGAAAGGCCAGAGACAUACAGGCAAUGGGAGAUUCGGACACUCAGAGCAGGGUUCAAGCAGUUUCCUUUGAAUCAGGAGAUUCUUAAGGAAGUAAGAGAUAAGAUCAAAUCAUCGUACCACAAGGACUUUUUUAUCGACAAGGCCGACAAGUGGAUGAUAUAUGGAUGGAGAGGUCGAGCCUUCUUUGCCAUCUCAUCUUGGAAGCCUGCCUAG